UGCUUGCUGUCCCGGCGGGACGUACAAUGACGUCUUUGACGGUGUUGUGACGUUAGGGUCAGGGUUCACGGAGGCCGGAGCCGGUGUCUGUCUGGUCGCGGGCAGAACUGAAGAGGCUGGGAGUCGGACGUUUCCGUCAGGUUUCCCCCCUUUCAUGGCGGCUCGCCGGCUCCGGGAAGUUUUGCAACUGGGAGCGAGGGGAGGGCUGCGACUAAGAGCGCCCCCGGCCGGCAGUUUCAGGUACAUGCCAUCCUGUGGGAUUCUGAUGAUCCGAGCUCCCCAUGCUAUUGGCAACCUCGAUUGUGAUCUAAGCGCCCAGCACAGCCGGACAUUCAUCAACUUUUCGGGGCCUUUCACCAACAAACGGAAGGAAUAUUCAGAAAGGAGGAUCAUUGGAUACUCCAUGCAAGAAAUGUAUGAUGUUGUGUCCAAUGUGGAGGAAUACAAGGACUUUGUUCCUUGGUGCAAGAAAUCAGUCGUGGUCUCUAAGCGCACAGGCCAUGCAAAGGCCCAACUGGAAGUUGGAUUCCCUCCCAUUGUGGAACGUUACACAUCCAUUGUGACGCUGGUGCGGCCUCAUAUGGUGAAGGCUGUCUGCACCGAUGGAAAGCUAUUCAACCAUCUGGAGACUAGCUGGCGUUUCAGCCCUGGCAUUCCUGGCUACCCUCGCACCUGCACAGUGGAUUUUUCAAUUUCUUUUGAGUUCCGCUCCUUGCUGCAUUCGCAACUGGCCACAGUUUUCUUCGAUGAAGUGGUCAAACAGAUGGUGGCAGCCUUUGAGCGGCGGGCAGGAAAGAACUUCGGCCCUGAGACUCGCAUUCCCCGAGAGCUCAUGUUCCACGAGGUGCACCAGACGUGAAGGCUGCCUGGUUGCUGUGGAGGCUACACGGACUCUUUGUGCUGGGAUGCACACUCAAGGGCUUACCCAGCCAUCUCUUUUUACCUAUUUAUUUGGUUUCUUCCACUAUCCUAUCUAAUUUAUCCACUGGACCUUGCGUGAUGAAGAGACUCGUUCCAGAAAAAGGGGCCGGGCUACUGUGUUGCCUAUGGAACAACCUCUCAGCCUUCUGAUUUGCCUGGCUGUGCUCUUAGGCUGGGUCACUUUUAUUUCCUGGUUAGCACAUUUUACUUUAAGCUUCCCAGUUUUUAAACCCCCAAUCUGAGGAUUUCCUCUCCAUCCCAUUGCCACUCACCUCUGUGGCAUAUGUGUGUGCAGCUGCCUUUGGCUGUGGACUGUGCCAAUCCCUGUUUCUUGAGAGCAAGGUAGCAGAAGCGCUCAUAUGCAAUCCAGUUCUCUUUUUGUGCCUCUUAAAUCAUGUGAAAAAGCCGACUGGGACUGCCUCUUGGCAAUACAAGGUGGGCUGGGCUGUUCCAGUUGCUUGACAGUCUCAUUUAGUUGUUGAAUUUGCAACAGUAAUGUAAUAACCUUGCUGUCCAGCCUUGCUCUGGAACAUUUGAAGCCAAACAGAGAGCGCACAAGCAUAGUAGAGGAGAAGCAGGCAGCUAUUAAGGACAAUAGUGGGGGGAAAGAGAUGUUCUGUAAUGGCUGUCCAAAGCAAGCGAGCAAUGUACAGCAGCUGGCCUGGGCUGCUCUUCUUCAUCCAAAUUUUGUACCUGUGCUUUGUUUGUAGUUAGGAUGUCUAGGCUGAGAAAGAGUGACUGGUCUGUAAGUACCCUCAGAGUGCUUCUGUAACAGAAUGAAGAUACGUACUUUGAUCUCUUUGAGACUCAAAGGAAAGAUGCAUGCAAAACAAAGGUUGAACAGCUCACCAGACUCCAAGGUUACUUUUGGAGUCUGAUAACUUUAGAAAAAAGGUGUGAGAAGAGAAUCCCAACUGGUGGGAGGGAGGCAUGGCAAGGAGAAACCAUACAGCCCAUUGUAACUGCCACCAGAACUUUCUUAAAAGUUGAGAUUCCCUGUGUCUCCUGGCUUGUUUAGACCCAAAUUCCAAGCAUCAAAAUAUAACUAGUUUCUAGGGGCAGGUGAAGGGAGAAGUGUCUGAGUUACCCUAUGUAGUGGAGAAAACUGACCAAAGUAUAUUGAGAGCUAGAAGCACUGGAGCUGUGGUGUCAGCAAACUUCCUCCAUUUUAUCAGCUCCAUGGUUGCAUGCUGGCACUCCAUGGUUGCAUGUGGCUAGGGUAAGGCAUUGUAGGUUGGGGGCUGUUUGGUUUUGUGUAGGGUUUCUUUCCCACCUCUCCUUGCCUUCCCACCGUCAUGGCUACUCUUUCUGUACAAGAAGAGCAGCUGUGCCUUGUGCACUGUAUAUUGCAGAGGGCUCAUCUGGGAGUGAGUGACUAGAGAGGAGCGACUAUAGAGCUCCAUUCUCUUCAGGAGCUCCAUCUGGAAUCCACAAUUUCUGAUGUUCUGUCCCAUGAAGCUCCAUCACAUGGCGGCUGUCAAUCUAAUUUGCUGUUCCAGAAACUACCUUCAGUUCCCAUGAUGCCAGUGUGGGCCCUCUCUGAGGUUGAGUUUGUUUUCCUUAACUUUGCCACACAUUGCUAACCAGGAUGUUUACCUAAGUUAGAUGCACAUUUUGCACAAACUGGAUGCGCAUUCUUGCUGGGGUUGAGUUAGAGAGUCUGCCUUGGCAAGAGGGCGGAGCUGCCCCCCUUCAAAUGCUCCCAUAUCAAGGGCUGAGCCAUGCAGUGUAUUGCAUGAUUAUGGUUCCCAAGAGUAGUUUGGUGGGAGGGAGUAUCUGUAUGAGAGAAAGAGAGUGCACAUAUAUGCUGUCAUAGUUUACCAUUGGGACUGAAUGGUGUCAGUGGGGCGGGGGGGAGGGAAGGAGGGAGAGUAUUGAGUUGUGCGGGUGAGGAGGAGUGGGAGUAGAAUAGUUAGAUAAAUCUUAGGCACUGCUUUCCAACCCUCCACUUCCUCAAAUGUUUGUGGCACAGUGGCACUAACACCUAAGCCAGUGCACUAAAAAAGUUCUGUCUGGUGGAUGGGUCAACAGGUUUGACUUAUUGGUAUAACUGAAGCCACCAUUCUGAGGUUUCUUCCAGCCCUACUUAGAGAUCUCCCUGUGUUCCUCAGUGUGGAAUUUUCCUGUGAUUGGCACUCAAGUCAAAAAGACAGGCCAGGAAAACCUGUGCAUAGCAGACAGCUAGUUUGCUGAUACAGUCUCAGAAACAAGGGCUAGGUCACAGAUCUGAAGCCAUGUUUGGGGCAGUGGGAAGCAAGUAAUGUGUGUACCAUUGAGAUGAGCCUUCUCAGAUGUGAGGCUGUCUGCUGUGACAGAGAUAUCUGAUCAGUUAGUUGUGAUAUAGCACAGCAUUUCCACCAGGGCUAACAUUUUUCUCUGGUGGCUUCCCUUUAGCUCACAGCUGGUUGUUCUCUUGCUGAACGUUUGUUCAUAUUCUCUCCUUAAAUAUGUGUGGUGCCUCUUGAUGACUUCUCCAUGGAAAGACUGCUUUCCUGCCUUUUAUAUUGAAGUAGCAACCUAGGUUUCUGGUAGCACCAUGAGUCCAGCCCUUUAUUUAUUGUGGUCUUCAAUGCAAAGGUACACCAUGAUCAGUGUGACUAUGGAUUUAGACCAAUAGUUCAUAUCAUUUAUUGAAAGUUUCCCUGCCAAUGAUGGUUCAGAUUUGAAAGCACAUUCCCUUCCGCCCCCCUCCAACAUGCUGAAGAUCGGGUUGCAAAGAACAUCCCUUUUUUUGAUCUUCAUCCCAGUUUAUGCCGUUGUCCUACAUACAAGACAGAUGGGCUCAACUAUGGUGGAGUAUACAUGGCAGAGGUUACCCUUUUGUUCCAGAAAGAGACAUUUAGAAAGCCGGUAUCCUGGGCUAGGAGACUGCAUGCAAGCAAACAGUUUUCCUCUGUUCAUUUGAAACAUUUCUGAUAAUGAGGAAGCCACCCUGGGAGGAACAGUUAUUCCUUUUUCCUAAUUACCCAGGAAAAAAAUAAUUCACUUAUAAGACUAAGCAUACUCUGUAAUGAAGAACAGCAAGUUUAAAAUGGAACCUUGUUAUCCUAAGGCAGCAUUGUUGGGGAAGAAUUGCAAUUGUCCCCAUCUAGAUGUCUGACUAGCACAGAAUGCUGAACAGGGCACUUUUCCCAUUUGAAGUUGAUGCCAUUGGUUCAUAAAGAAUCCAGUUGCACAGAAGGAAGGACUGAGAUUUGAUUGUGAAGGCCUCGGGUUCCUGCCUCAUACAUGUCAGCAGGUGGCUGGGAGCCAAGUUGCUGCCUCUCAGCCACAACUUCUGUAAAGAUGGUUAUAUGGACCCAUUUAAACAGCUGUUUGCUGAAGUGUUACAAAAAUAAGUCAAGCAAAUGCUGCUUCUCCCUGUGCUGUGUAGUAGUAAGAUGUAGUCCUUUACAAACCCCCUGAAGCUGCAGGGCUGUUUCUUCCUUCUGUCCAGCAGUCUUAGUAUAAAGUCACUGAUCAACCUAUUAAGGUUGCAGUCUCCUAUGUGCUUGCUUUGGAGUAAAUCUCAUUGAACUGUUGAAUUUUCUUCUCUCUGAACAUGCUUCAGGUUGCACUUGUUGGACUAUCAUGUGCUUGGUCAUGCAGUGUGUGUGUAGAAAGGCACUCAUCAUCUCAAGAGGCUAAUGAUUCAAAGAAAGCCUAGUUCUGAGUAUACUGGGCUUGCUGUUCUGCAGAAGCAGGGGUAUUGAGAAGAGAAUUUCACUUCUUGCAAAUCUCGUUUUUUUAAAGCAGGUUUCUAGUCCUUGUGGCUAUGAAGAGAUGUGUGAAAACGCACGGGCAAUGCCUACUGAGAUUGCGGAAGUCAAGAAUAGCAAAGGUUUCCAGUAGUUGGGGUGUCCUAUUUGCAAAAUGUAGAAUAAACAGUGCUAAGAAAGGUGGGUGGUGGGGGGAUGAUGUACAGUUAAUUGAUAUUCACACAAGCCACUGAAUUCAGCUUUUUUUGGUGCAGAACUGGGGAGGUCUGGGAGCUUCCCAUUUUAGCAUGGAAUGCAGCCAGCCCUGCAUACAAGCAGCUACUUUUCUGCCGAAGUACCUCCCUUGGUGGUUUCUCUGAGUCUGGCUGUGUGCAUUCCACCAAACUGGCUGAUCUCUAUGUGUAGGUACAACCUGUGCAAAGGACUAGCUAUGUGGGUAGGGAAAGUGAAAUUGCCUCAUCACUCCCACCAGUGAAACUGUGCUUGUGGAAGAUGUACACGGAACCACUUCACCCCUUCCCUCUCCUUACUGCAUCCUCCUGACUCCAAUGACAGUCCCCCACGAAUAAUCUGCAUAGGGUCAGCAUUCCAUGCACUUGUGGCUAGAGACAGAUCGGUAGUAAUUCGCAGAGAUUCUUCUGUGCACACUUGUAUCCCACAAGGUUGCUGGAUCCUGUUCUCCAGUGAUUUCAGUAAACUUGUGGUGAGAUGUUUCUUUCAUAGCUAUGUGUAUUAGAACCUGCUUUUAAAAAUAUAAACAACUAAUUGGAAGUGCAGUGACUUAAGUACUGACUAAAUGCAAAUGGUCACCUCACGUUAUGCACUUGCCAAAAAAGGACCAAGGCCAACUUGUGUGGGCUAAAACAGCGUUCUUGGGUUCUUGGAAGGAUGGGUGGGAGAAAUUCUGAGACUAUUUUUGUGUGUGUGACUUUGAAUUAUUGUAAAUUUGAUCCCGGAAUCAUGAAUUGUGUUAAUGUAGAUGCCAGUCCCCUUUAGAUUGACGGAAAUAGAUCAUGACAUCAGGCCACCUAAAGUUAUUGAAUUAUGAGUAACAUCCCAUUGGGUUCAGUGGAAUUUAAUGUUAGAUGCAUGUAUGUGGAGUGGGGCUCUUCUGGUUAAAUAAAGUAAGUAAAAGCUUUGCAUCGAUGAGACUUAUGCUGGACCCUGCUUAUCCUUGGGCAAUGCACCCUCCUGUUGGUGUCUUCCAUUUAUUGGCUGAGGGGUGUCCUCAUGUCCUUUGGCGCUUGUAAGCCUGGUGUCUUAAGUCUCUCAACCCAUUGAAGCUUAAACCAUCCCAUACUGAGUGCCCCCACUCCUACUGUUCCCAAGAUCAAAGCAGUUCUGACAUAGAUGCUGUAGUGCCUUCUGCUUUCACUUACCUGUCUCCAGCUGUCUCAUGCUGUUUAGCCUGGUGCAUGCUACCUCAGCUUGUUAGGAAAAGGGAUUAUUGCUGGAGGGGGGAAAAGAUGCAAAGCCUAUCUCCUCAAAAAGUUGAAAGACUGAACCAAUCCCAAGACCAUUUUUAUAGACCAAUAAAAAACUUGUUUGCAAAACA